GGCCCGGCCCGGCCCGGCCCGAGCGCGGCGCCCGCAGCGGCGGCUCUGGCUGUCAGCAGCGCCCGGAGCGGCCAUGGGGCAGCGCGGCCGCCGGGGCCCCUGAGACCCGCCGCGCCCCGGCCCGGCGCGGCCCCGGCGCCGCCAUGGAGCUGGAGCCGCCCGCAGAGCUCCCGGAGCCCCGCGCCGCCGCCAAGGGGCCGCCCCGCAACGCUACAGAUGUGGAGCAGAUGAGUUCCUCUUCUCCUGUCCUUCCUAUGAACUCCAUGGGCAAUGAGCGGGUGGAUCAGCGAACCUGCCUGAUCUGCGGGGACAGAGCUACGGGGCUGCACUAUGGGAUCAUCUCCUGCGAGGGCUGCAAGGGGUUCUUCAAAAGGAGCAUCUGCAACAAGCGGGUUUACAGAUGCAGUCGAGACAAGAACUGCGUCAUGUCACGCAAACAGCGCAACAGAUGCCAGUACUGCCGGCUGCUCAAAUGCCUCCAGAUGGGGAUGAACCGAAAAGCAAUCAGAGAGGAUGGCAUGCCAGGAGGCAGAAACAAAAGCAUCGGACCUGUCCAGAUAUCAGAGGAAGAGAUUGAGAGAAUUAUGUCUGGGCAAGAAUUUGAGGGAGAGGCAAACAUGUCAUGGAGCAACAACGGAGACAGUGACCACAGUUCCCCUGGAAAUGGAGUUUCUGAGAGCAACCAGCCUUCACCCGUUUCUACUCCAUCCUCAAGUAGGUCCGUGGAGCUGAAUGGAUUCGCUGCACUCAGGGAUCAGUAUAUCGGGACGCCGGUGUCCACGCACUAUCAGUACCUCCCGCACCUUUUUAGCUAUUCUGCUCACUCGGCUCUGAUGCCUCCCCAAACGCGCAGCCUGGACCCCCAGUCGCACAGUCUUAUCAAUCAGUUGGUGUCAGCAGAAGACCUGGAGCCGCUCGGCACGCCAAUGCUCAUUGAGGACGGGUAUAAAGUGACUCAGGCAGAGCUGUUUGCGUUGUUGUGUCGUCUGGCGGAUGAAUUGCUCUUCAGGCAGAUUGCUUGGAUCAAGAAGCUGCCGUUCUUCUGUGAACUCUCCAUCAAGGACUAUACCUGCCUGCUCAGCUCUACGUGGCAGGAGCUGAUCCUGCUCUCCUCACUGACUGUUUACAGCAAGCAGAUCUUUGGUGACCUCGCGGACGUCACCUCCAAGUACUCUCCCUCUGACGAUGAGCUGCACAGAUUCAGUGAAGAGGGGAUGGAGGUGAUGGAGCGGUUGAUCUACCUCUUUCGCAAAUUUAACCAGUUGAAGGUCAGCAACGAGGAGUACGCAUGCAUGAAAGCCAUUAACUUCCUAAAUCAAGACAUCAGGGGUCUGACCAACGCGUCCCAGCUGGAGCAGCUGAACAAGCGGUAUUGGUAUGUUUGCCAGGACUUCACGGAGUACAAAUACCCACACCAGCCAAACCGUUUUCCGGAUUUAAUGAUGUGUUUGCCAGAGAUACGAUAUAUUGCAGGAAAAAUGGUGAAUGUCCCCUUGGAGCAGCUGCCUCUCCUUUUUAAGGCCGUUCUACAUUCCUGCAAGACGAGCGUGAGCAAAGAGUGAGCUAGGCUGGCCCCGGCCGGUGCCUUACUCUGUGCCUCAGGCAGGGAGCGGGCUCACCCCGGGAGAGGGGCAAACGCGAUCGGGCAGGAGACGGGCGGUGGGCGUCCCUGCCAUUGUAGCAAGAAUCUUUUUUGUUUGGUUUUGUUUUUUUUUUUUUUUUAACUCUUUUUCCUAUAUAUUUAUUUCACGACAGAGUUGAAUGUAUGAUCUUCAACACGAUGCACAUGGUUCUGUAUGAAUGCAGCAGAUGCAUUCUCCAGCGGUUUACAGAAUGUGAAGAUGUUUAAUGUUACAGUGUUUGUUAGGGUUAGUUCUUUUGUAUUUGGGGGCUGGGGACCAAGAUGACUAAGACUACCUCAAGGAGAAGAUGCUGUUCGCGCACUGCUCUUUCCAUGAUUUGUAUCCAAAAGCGUUUGUCGUAGAGAGCAAACGGCCUCACUGCAUCGACAGAGCUGUUAGUAUCCCAAACGGACGAUUUUGGAGAAGUGGGUGUUAGAGAAGUGCCAACCUUUUUUUCUUUAAUAAUAAUUUUAAAAAGGCAGGGAGUGGAGAAGAAGGCAAAGUCUAUCUAACCAGUUGGUUAUUUUUCCCCUGGCAGUUUCCAGAUGCAGGUGGCAGCUCCUGUGGUUCCCCAGCGGGAUCGUGGUGCUCCGAGCUGCGAGGGGCUCGCUGCCCUGGCCCCUCCUGGGAGCUGCCGGAGCGGGCUCUGCCCCCAGCCCAGCCUGACCAGCUGGCCGCUCGCUGCGGCCGCAGCACCUUGCCAUGCGACUGACGUUGCGUUGCUGCAGUUCGUAGCAGGCUCCUGGUGUUACACCAAGCUACUCUUGUUGCUAGAGAACUGCAAGUAAUUUCUCAUUACUUCCUUAACAUCCAUUUUAGGUUCACAAAAGCAGGAAAAACCUACUUAGAGAAGAGGCAGGAUUGCCCUUUUUAGCGUAUUCCUGCAAGGUGGUAUCUGACUACCGAGGAGGCUUCUGCAUUGCAGCAAUCCCAAGCAGCCUGUUUCUGGGAACAGUUAACGUACCCUGUGGUUAGAUGUGACCUGUGUAACGGGGUGAGGGACUCCGGUGUCCUCUGGCACGGCUUUCUCUGCUGGACUCAGGGAAUGCAUAGUCAUAUCCUGCCAGGACUGUUCUGCUGCUUGUGGAAUCUCUUCUUACCAGGAAAAAAAGGUAUUUGUGCAGUAAUUGGUAAGCUGUCCUGUCCUAGGUGUUGCAAGGCUUGGAUUUUCCAUCUCACAACUUCCACACCACUCCAUUGCACGGAGAACUGGUUUGAUGACAACUGGUUUGAGUAAUUGCUAAGUGCUGGCGUUUAUCGAAAUUUGGGUAUUCUCAUUAAUAACCUCAUGGCUUCCUGCUCGUGGUGGUGGUGGUGAGGUUGGAUGAGAUGAUCUCGGUCUCAUCUCCUUCGUUAAGAAUUAAUGUUGAAAGACUCAGUCGCUCUCCUAGGCAGCCGUGUCGCUCUGGCUGGAUUUCUUUCCCUGUGUCCUUAGAUAUGAAUCUGAUGUUUGUGUAGCAAGAGGGUUCAUCAACAAAUGUUUGAAUGCCAUUUCCAAAAUAUUUUGGGAAACAACUUCUGUUCCUUCAGGGUAGGAGGGAGCAGUCGCUACCUUUCUGUCUCGUCCUGGUGACGGCUGUGCAGCACGAAGCGAGUACGCUCAGAGGUACCGAACUGCUGUGAGAUGAAUGUGAUAGUGAACAGGAGAAAAAUCUCGCUCACCAAAGUCGUCUUUUCUUGCCCUUCACCCAGCGGGUGCUGCCUCGGUCGCAGGCGCUGUGACCCGCUGGCUUGGCACGUCUCUCGGCUGGUCAGCAGCUGUGCCGUGGACCGGGCGCUGGCCGCGGCCGUCGGACCUCUCCUUGGAGCCCCGCUGGCUGGCUGACCGCAGACCCACGGCGGCAUCACCGCCUCUGCAAUCCCGCUUGGGCAUCUUCCAGCGUGAUGGUUUCCCUUUUCUAAAAGUCCACUAGCUGCUCAUUUUUCGUUAUUUGAAUAGGAUGUUACGGGUAACAGCUGCUGGGCCCAGCGGCAGUUCGGCUUGAUCGAGCUUCACAAUCCAAAGGUGGUUCCGUAAAUCUCAUUUACUUGCUGACUGUAAAAUGAGACAAGCGCAUAUUUCUCAGGAAAGCCUUCUGCAUACAGCCUAUACCUCAAGUGUGAAUGGGAAGAUUUUAGUGUAUCUGUUUGUAAGUUAGAAAGUAUUUCUCAGCUUUUAAGUUUAAUUUCCAAAUAGCUUGAUAUGAUCUUUUUAUUACGGGUUAUCUUCUGGCUUGCUGUUUUAUACACUCAAGGAAUUGUUAAAAUUGCAUAGGAGUAAUUUUAUUCUACAGUUACUGAAUUAUUAUAAUCUGUUGAUGAAUAAGAGUUUGUUUUAAUUAGUGUACAUAAAAGCGGUCAUCUUAUUGCCAAAUACCCAAGAAAAAUCAUCUAUUAGAUAUUCUGUGUUUAUCCAGAAUAGACUCCCAAGACUAAUGCUGUACCAGCAACAACAAAAAACCUAAAGUCAUUUAUGAUGAUGAGUGGACAAGAAUGUUCUGCUUUCUGUUGUAUAAAGCAAAUUUUGCAAAGGUUGAUUGGCAGCAGUAUCCACUAACAAAUAACCCAUUUAUUGUAGGGAGUAGAGAAGCCUUACUAAACUGACAAGUAAGGAAGCAGCUGAUAUACCGAACCAGAAUCUAGCUCACUGGACAGUCAUUCUUAAUAUCUUCUGCACCAAGUCCUCUAAUGACUUGUAUUUUUUAAACAGGGUAAAGUGAAUGUGUUGCAUUGCAAACUCAGGUAUUAUGAGAAGGUAGGAAUGUAGCUAGAGACGUAGAGACGUUAGGUCAGUCACUAGAUGUAUUUGUGAAUUUGGUUUGAAGGACACCCUGGAAAGGUUGGAAUUUUUGUUCCAUUCUUCACGUAACAUUCGGUUUACAGGGACUCAUAUUUUAUUUGUGCUUAAUGCUAGUAGGGGGAAGUUCAUUAUCUUUGGUAUCUAUCUGCUCUUGCUUAUCUGACCUUCUGUCAUAGAGGAAUCAAUCAACAAUAAUAGUCUUUGGUAGAAUUUUCUGCCAUGACAAGUCAAUUUUUAUCCCCGAUUUGAAAGAUAAAUUGGCUGACUGACCCCCUCCUCUCCUCCAUAGCAUUUGUGCAGACGGAAAGCUGAAGAGUUACUUUUAAUCUGAACAGAGAUUUGGGACAUAAAUUUGAAGUGCUCAGGCUCGCGUACUCAGAGGGACUCUGCCGAGGUUUCCCGGUUGCCGUUGUACAGCUCGCAGCUCAGCGCCCCGUACAGAGCUGGGAGCAGGAAUCUGCUGCCCGCUGAUGGGGCCGAGUCCCAGCUCGAGCGGCGAGACGCUGGACCUGAGCAGACGUUUUGUGAAAGCCGCUGGGUUUUCUUCCGCAGCCUGCCUUUGGCUCAGGCUUCUGUCCCGCGAGCUGGACCUCGGCCCCGCUGUGUCUGUAGCGAGUCCUGGUCCUCGGCGUGCCCAGCCCCUCGAGAGGGUGGGGGGAUGGAGGGGCGACCAGGAUGCUCAGAGAGGCUGGGUACCUCACCCGAUGGGCUGUGGCCGUGGCAAAACUGAUGCAGCAGGAGCUGACUAUCCAGCUGGUUUGCAUAUGCGUUAGCUGCUUUGUUAAUUGGUAAUAAUGCCAGCGGCGUUCGUCUUUAUCAUCUCGUGCCUGGCAGCCCGCAGUGCUGUGCAGAGGCACUGCUUGCUUUGGGUCGUCAGGGUGCAGCUCCGGAUUUCUCUGUAAUUCUUAAAUCCCGAGCUUUUGCCAUCUCCCGUCACACAAAGACCGAAGGAGGAACACGGCGUUUUCGGGGCGAUCCGUCCAAAGCGGUCAGUCGGUUGCCAGCUGUGGGGCAAGCCACUGCCCCAGUGACGCCCCAGUUCCUGGUGCUGCGGCGUUGCUUCCAGCGAGCCGGCGAGAGCGAGCAGCGCCAGCAGAACAAGCGGGGCUCGCGGGCGCUGUGGCGUUUCGGCACGGCUGCUCUCACCGGGGCGGCUGUGCCCCCACCCUGCAGUUGCCCGUGCGAAGGCUGGAGCUCAAGCCAGGUGCCGCUCGCUGCCCGUCCCUCCCGCUGCCGCGCACGGCAGAACCUGCCCUUGCUCUUCAGGCGUCUGCACAGAACCGCAACCACCUCAGGUUAAGGAGCUUAAGUCUUGUCCUUCAAACCGACCUUUUUUAAAAAAACUUGAAUUUCUUUUAUCUUUACUACAUUUUUUAAAAUGGAAAAAAAAAAAAGAUUCUCCUGUGAAUGUGCUAUUUACCGUUCAUUCUUUCUUCUUUCUUGGUUUUGAUUUGAAGCUAUGAAGCUUGGUGUCUGUGAAAAUGUUGUUAUUUCUCAGGAUAAUAAGCGGCAAUCAUCCCUGCCACAUAAAAGGCAGGAGAAAGGGGGAAACUUGGGGAACUAGUUUAAGUAUGAAGCUAAUUUUUAAGUUGUAGAUGAUGUGUAAAUCGAGGGUAAUACAUAGGAUGUCAGUAUCAAGCUGUGGCGUUUCUCUGGGUUCACGGUGUGUUGUUUGCAAUGCACAGAAGCUCAGGGAUAAGUAUUUAAAAUGUGACCCAGAGAAACCCUAGUUUUGAUGUUGCAACAGUUGCUUCUUUCAUGACUUGUUUGGAAGACCCGCUGAAAGCUGAAUAGAGCCCCGUAUGGAGAUUUUGGGGGAAAAAACUUUUGGUUUGGCUCAUGGGAGGUUUGCCUGCGGAAGGCUUGGAUGUGGUCUGAUGGGAGAAGUGUCCCGAAGACGCGCGUUGCCGUUUGGUGUGUCGCAAGGCCGUGGCGAGGGGACCUGCGGCUCCCUUCGCCCUCGCUGGCAGCUGGGGGUCCGCCCUGCCCGAGGGGCUUCGCGAGCGGGGAGAGGGGGGGUCUGGACGUGGCAGCCCCGGAGCUGCCCUGCGGCCUCUCUGGCUGCAGCCCCUCUGCCCUGCGGCGCCCAGCCCUCCUCCUCGCCGGGGGAGUGGGGAAGUGCGAAAUAACCGUCGUUUUUGGUAACUUCACGCUUUCGCUGAAGGCUCGUCAGCUCCGAGGGCUGGGAGAGGUUUGUCUGUGUUUCCACAUUACCUCAUCCUUCUGCCUCCCAUGUUAAAUGUGUUUGAGUGCUUGUGGAAAAGGGGAAAAUGGGCAUUUCUCAGUAUGUCCCUGGCAGCCAGUCCGUGUUCUGUACUCAGUUUGUUGCUUAUGAAUUAGAACGUCUUAAUUGCCAGUCGGUACAACUUUCUCAUCGUGGGUCAGUGAGGCUGUAGACUCAGACUGAGAAAGGUACCCGUGUGAAACGAGUUCAGGGACAGCUGGUAGGAGCAUCCCCGCGGCCCCGGGCAGCGCCAGCGCUCGGCAGGAGGCAGCAAAAGUUUGAGGGGCUGAAACCCGCCUUCCCAGCAGCCUCACUGGCCCGGAUCUGCAAAGCUGAGUUUAAACCAGCCCUGCACAGAGCUGGUGAGGCCGAUCCAGGCAAUAUCUUCCCCUUGAAAAAAAAAAUUUAAAAAGACCUCCUGUGCAGCUGACCUCUAGCAAGUCUAUGAAAGAAGCAACAUGGUUCAGUGGAAGAAAUGCCCCCAAGGGCAAAAAGAAACAGAAAUUGAAACCAGAUGACGAUCAACCUUAACAAAGCCUUUUGUGAUUCAUUGUUUUCUUUCAAUUUAUAAAAUGUCUUGUAAUAGUUGAUAACAUUAUUGACUCAAUUUCCAUAACAAAACUACCUCGUGUGACAUCCUGUUUAUCAUCUCAAAGGGAUUGUGUGAAAAAAAAUACUGCCAGUGUUUGUUGCCAGCCUAGAAGGGCCGUGAUGGCUGGAGUUUUGUUUCCCUUCCCGUGGGUUGUGGCUGGGUUCCUGUUACUGCCGCAGCAUUUCAACCUGCGGGUGAUGGUUUUGACUUUGCUUCCCCCCGGGAAGGCAUCAGGCUGUGCACACCACGCUCUCGCCCAGCACCUCUGUGCCAUGGUGGUGACCACCACAGCCACUGCUGCAGUGAGCCGCUGUUCACAGCGUGGACAGUGUCCUGCGGCUGCGGCCAGGUCCCUGCACCGCGAGGCGGACGCCUGCGAUGCUGCAGGGGAGGGCUGAGCUCCAGCAUCCCUCCCGGGGGAGCGCAGCCCCCGCCUGCAGCCAUGGGGCAGGAUGUGGCUCUUGCCCGUUUGGUUUUUGUUGGUGCCCAUCAAGCUACGGCCCCAGUUCCAGCUCUGUGCUGGUGCAGACGUGAUGCAGAGUCUGCGGUCGUAGCCUGGGACCUCAUGGAGCCCUCGUGCGUGUGUCCUGGGCGUGAGCGUGUGGGCAGCUCAAGGAGGAAGCGGGUCGGGUUUGUUGCUGUGUGCUUGUGUCAGCCCGUCGCUGCUUUGCGGGACGUUUCUGGGCCGGGUUGGUCCUGGUUUUUGGGUCCUUCCACUGACGUUCCAGGUGAUGGUUUCUGCCAGUAAAACACUUCAUUUUUCCCACAAUCCCUUGUGUAAAUCAGGGAAGCAGGAUGUUGCCUCGGCAUGACACACGGUGAACGUUGGCACGCUCAGAGCCGGGGCUGGGGCAGGGGAGCGUGUCCGGCCGCUGCCACCCUCGCCCCGCAGCACCUGAGGAGCGGAGCUGCGCCUCUCGGGAGCUGCCUUCCCGUCACUACACUACGACCAAAUGAAUGUUUCUGCUGGCACAUCUCAGGCGCGCCGCGGCACAGCCGGUCCCCCUCGCGCGGUGGGACUGGCACGGGUCCAUGUCAGCCCGACCUGCCCCUGCUCUGCUGCUCUGCUCUGUGACUUGACUACCUGUGGAAAUGUGACCAAUAAGUGUUGAACGCAUGUUUAGCGAGUGUUAGCUGUAUGAACUAAUAAAUGUGAAUUGUUCUG